UUGCACAAUUUUAUCGAUCGGCCCGUCAAUUUCAUACGGGUGGAGCAGCGAUGGCCGGAGAUAUGGCCGCAGAGGCGAGAAUCAUCUUGUCGCACGCAGUUUACUCUCUCCCUCCUCCUCAUGUAUCCUUCGAUCUUUUGUCUUCUGGGGUAUGUGUGCGGUGCAUCUUUAGAUUGUUUGGGGUUCGUGGAGCUCCUUACUCCUCCCCACUUCUUACAGGACCAGUGCUGCGUUAUUUUCUAAGUGUGAAAAAUGACUGCCAAGGUGCCAUCUCAGAAAACGGGCAUAUCUCUUUUGGAUUACAUACUUCAGAGGAAUCAGAUGUUGACCAAAAAUAUUGCUCAAUAUGUUUGGGUAUACUACAAUUUCCUAAUGAACUAUAUCUGGGCGAAAGGAGAUCCGAGAAUAACUAUUCAAUUGAUGUCUUUGUGGAGAAAAUUGCUGAAUCUAUAAAAAUAGAGAAUCAUGAAAUUGAUGGGUUUUUUCUUGAAGUUUCAAUACCACCAGUUAUUGUUGCUAAUGAACGUUCUAUCUGGUUGUAUAUGAAAAAGAAAUAUCAUAGGGAAGCAUGGUUCAAUGAUAAGUUUCUCCACAAUCAGAUUUCCUUAAAGGAUGCUUUGAGGCUAUCGAUAACUGAGCCACUUGAAAAAAAAUUGAAUGUCAAAUGUGGUGCCAAUUCCUUCCAUAUUUGUCUUAUGUACGCCAACUUUGACUCAACAUUAAGUCUCCAAAAUUUGUUGAGAAAAGUUCAAAGUUCGAAGAGAAUGAGAACAGAGAAAGAGAACGUGGCACAUUUUGCCGAAUCGUUGUGUAGCAAUGGCCAAAUAGAUUCCAGGGAGCAGCUAUGCAGUAAAUCUGACGCAGCUAGUUUGAAAGAACUUAAUGGCUUGGAAGACCAUAUCUUUUGUGAGUUGUUUGAAUUACCACCCAAGAAGGUGUCCAAUCCUGGCCGGCUGCUGAUUUCAUGUUAUAGAAUGCCCAUGUUUAUUGGAGGAAGAUAUUUAAAGUUUUCAAGGAAGGUGAGCCAAACACGCUGGAUAAUUGAGGAUGAAAGAAUGGGAGAAGCAUCUGUGGAGGAGAUAGUUGGGACUCAUGCCCUUGAAAUCUGCAGAGCUGACAGCUACAAAUUUCAUGCCGCUGGUAGAGAAGAUAUUGAUGUACGGAUGUUAGGAUCUGGUCGUCCUUUCUUAGUUGAAUUGUCAAAUGCACGAUGCUUACCUUCAAUGGUUGAUGUUCUCCAAAUUGCUGUGAAAAUAAACAGCUCAGAUAAAAAAUAUGUUAUGGUGAGGAACCUUAAAGUUGUUGGUAGUGAAGCAUGGAAUCUGAUGCGUGUGGGAGAGGCAGAGAAACAGAAACAGUAUGCUGCUCUAGUAUGGAUUUCUCGCCCGCUCAUGGAUGAAGACCUUCAGAUUAUUUCAUCUCUAAAUAAUAUGGAAAUUUCACAGAGUACGCCAAUUAGAGUGCUUCAUCGGCGGAGCCCAUUGGAGCGUAAGCGAAUAAUUCAUUGGAUGAGGAUUGAGAAAAUUGUUGGAAGCGACCAAUUUUUUCUAUUGCAUCUUUGCACUCAGGCUGGAACUUAUAUUAAGGAGUUUGUACAUGGAGAUCUUGGCCGUACCAGUCCUAAUAUUGGAUCCAUAUUAUCAUGCAGGGCAGAGAUACUGCAGCUAGACGUUACUGAUGUAAAAAUGGAUGUUAUCAUUUAAGUUGCUUUUGGUUACUUUCGAUGGAGGCUUAAAUGCGCUCUUUGAGAUCUGCAGCAAAAUUGCUCUUUAUUCUAUUGGCUGAGAAGUUGAAGACUAAAAUUAUUUGCUGUUCAAGGGAGUUAGACAGAGAUUAAGGUAAUCUUCUUUUGUUACUGCAAUGAAUUAAUAUAAUACCCAGUAGCUCUCCUGACAGGGAGCUGUGCAUAAAUGCUCGUUCAGUAAACAUUUAUGUUUGUUUUUUUGAAUUAUAGAAAUUUAAUCAAUGUAUUAUUCGUGAAAUGUAGUAUUAUGGAAGAUUGGAUUAUCA